AUGGAGGCCGAGCGGCCAACAGGUGAAGUGGAGGGGCUAGUUAAGAUGGGUACCGGAUGUGACCCAUGCGAGGUGAACGAGGAAGCGGGUGUUGAAGAAGCGGGUGUUGACGACUAUGGAGGGAGUGGAGGCAAGAAGACAGGCUCGCUGGCUCCGUCUCUCCUCGCGCUUCACCCGUCAGGCUCGCCUGUCUUUGCCACCGCGGGUGCCGCUGUCCGAGGCUUCGAUAUUAGUUCGGGUUCGGCGGUUUCGUUCAAGAGCAGCGACGGUGCGGAGCAGGCAGUGUCACAUGGCGACGCCGUGCGAGCCAUGUGCGUGGACCCCACCGGCCGUGUCAUGGCGACGGCGGGCGACGAUAAGAUCGUCAAUCUCUGGGUCAGGGAGGUGCAGUCGCCGUCAAACAGCUGGACUUGCUGCCAUAAGGAGAAGGUGUCCAAGCGAGUGAGCGCCAUGGGGUUCAGCAGCGACGGUCGCUGGCUGCUCUUCGCCGACAAGUUCGGCGUCGUUCACGCUCUCGCCGUGCCGUCGCCGACCGACCUCGCUGCUCAGAACGGAGAAGGAGGCGAAGGCAAGCGAGCGGUGGAGACAGCGAAGCAGCUGCUGGGCCACUGCUGCAGCAUCAUCACCUGCCUCGCGAUGUCGCACGGCAAUCGCUUCAUUGCUACUGGCGAUCGGGACGGAAAGAUUCGUGUGUCCGUGUUCCCCGACCAUCCUUUGGAAGGCGCUCAUGAGAUUCAGAGCUUCUGCCUUGGACAUACAGGGUUCCUGACAGCUCUAGCCUUUGUUGGCGAGCCGACACCAGCCAAGCACGGCAAGACCGACGGCGUCGUUGCGGCCGGGGAUGGUUCGCAGCAGCUGCUUCUGUCCGCCGCGGCUGACGCAACGGUGCGUCUGUGGGGCCCUUCAGACGGCCGCUGCCUCCAGGUGCUGCGCAUGCCGCCUCCGCCAUCGCCUGCGCAGGCGGAAGGGCCUUCCCCCAUGGCAGUGGACUCCGCGGGUGGCGGAGAACAAGCGGAAGCGGAGGCAGGAGGCACGGCGGAGACCGAGGGCGUAGCUAAUCCUGAAGAAGAUGCGGGGGGGAGCAGGGGUGGGAAGAUAGGAUCAACAGCGGAUGGUUCGUCGCUGGUAGCUGUCGCGGUCGAUCCGAGUGGCUGUUUGAUCGCUGGAGCUGUUGCCAGCUCGCCAUGCGUGUCUUUGCUCCGCUUUGACCCUUCGGCUCGCACACUGCAAAUGCUUCAGUGCAUCACUCUCAACGAUGGAGUGCCAGCCACCAGUCUUUCCUUCGCUCCGAACGGCAAGAUUUGGACUGUAGCUGGAGCUGCAGAAUCACUUCCCAGCGAGGACAGUGUCAUGACCCCAGAAGCUGAGGCGGCAGCUGCUGCCACUGCCGCCCGGAUAGCGCUCGCUGCUGUUGCUCGUGUUCUAGUCCUGAGUGUGGGCCCUGCUGCUGCCCAUGCUGCUGAUCAGACUGCUGAAAAUGCUGCUGCUGAUGCCACUGGAGCAUCAGGGGGUGUAGCAGAAGGGGCUUCAGCGGAUGUGAAGUAUAAAGUGCUGGCUGAUGGGGAAGUGCCAGGUGGCAAAGAUCUAUUGGCUUCGUUACAAGGGUCUGUGUCUGGGGAUGUGGCAGCAGUGGCGAGGGAGGCAGCCAAGGGGGUGGUGGAUGGGCUGUGGGGAGCAAUGAAGAAGAAAGAGUAUGGGGAGGAUGAGAGGGAGUGCAGAAAGCGCAGGCGCAAUGACAAGAAGCACGACUAUUUCUUUGGUUCGGUAGAAUCCACGGAUGGGACCGGCGGAGAACAAUCCAUUUUAGCGUCCAACCUGCGGCGCUUCACGUACAAAGAGCUGCAGGCCGCCACCAACCGGUUCCGCGACGAGAGCGUGCUGGGCGCGGGCAGCUUCGGCAAGGUGUACCGCGGGGCCAUGGAGGAGUGGAUGGGGGAACUGCCCAAGGGGGAGAAGCGGCCGCUCGCCAUCAAGAUGCUGGAUGAAGAGAGCUUUCAGGGCUUCGGCGAGUGGAUGGCGGAGGUGCUGCUAUUAGGUCGCCUGCAGCACCCGAACCUGGUGCGGCUGCUGGGGUACAGCACGGACAGGGACGAGGCAGUGCUGGUGUAUGAGCUGCUCGAGAACGGCAGCCUCGACUCCUGGCUCUUCCCAGACGACCACACAGGAGUGUACAAGCACCGCCCGCUUACGUGGGAGGAGCGCGUGCGGAUAGCACUGGACGCCACACAGGGCCUGGCGUAUCUGCACUCAGAGAACGUGAUUCACCGCGACUUCAAGUCCUGCAACGUGCUGCUCGAUAAGGAGAUGCGGGCGAAGCUGACGGACUUUGGCAUGGCCACCAUGGGGCCAGAGUCAGGGCAGACUCACAUCUCCACGCGAGUCAUGGGCACCAUGGGGUACCUCGACCCCAAGUACCUUGAGACAGGUCAUCUCACACCAAAGAGUGACAUCUACGCACUCGGAGUAGUUUACUUCGAGCUCCUCACCGGCCGGCCUCCCUCGUCUGGAGGCGACAACGACGACUGCAAGUUGACGACGUGGGUGCGCGCACACGUGGCACAGCGCCGCCCGAAUCUCGAGGCAUUCAUGGACGAACGGCUAGAAGACAAAUAUUCCCGCGUGGGCGCGCAGAAACUGCUCGUUCUCGCCAAGCACUGUAUCAACGAGGAUCCGGCCGGGCGGCCGCAGAUGGAGAAUCUAAUCAAGACUCUGCAGCAGCUGAUGACCCUGCCAGUUGGGGACGAGGGGAAUGGUGUGGCGGGGGGAAGAGGAGGGGGAGGGGCGGGGGGAGAGCUAGGCUCGCUCCCCACGUCGCCCCCCCCGCACGCGCAUCAUCUUCCCCUCCCCCAUUAUCAGCUCCCCCAUCUCCCCCCGCUCCCCAUCCCCGCGCCUUUUCCGCCUCACUUUGCGCCCGCGGGGGAGCUUUUCCCCCACCCGCACGCGCACUUGGCGCAUCUCCCCUUCCCCCACUACCCGUACAUUUCCCCCUUGCACCACGCGGGAUAUGCGGUCGCGGCUCACGGCAAUCUCGAUGGAAUUGUUGUCGGGCAUUCCAGCGCGAUUUCCGGCGGAAUUUCCGGCACAAUUCCCGGCGCGAGUCCCGCGCUUCACGGGAGAACGCCCCCGUUAACCCCGGCGCACGAGGCCCCUUGUCGGGACCCGCAAUUUACGCGCGGAAGCGGCGGCGGAAGCACGGAGAGCGCGAGGGGGGGACCCGGGGAUAGCGCGCGCGCACGGAAUGGCGGAGCAGCGGCGCUGCGCGAUUCGGGGUAUUCGGAGUGGGGGGGAGCGGAGCGUUGUGCGGAGGAGGGGAGGGGCGCGGGGGAACUGGGGAAACCGGGGGAAGAGAGAGAAACCGUGGGCCAGUCAGAGGAGAAUGGUGGAGACGCGAGAGGAGUGGUGGAGUGUGACUAUGGGGGAAGAGAGGAGGCGGCGAGGGUGGGGGGGUUGGAGCUUCUAGACGAAGAGGAGGAUGGGGAAAGGGAAGAGGAAGGGGAGGAGGAAGAGCGGGAGGGCGGGGAGUGUGACUUGGGGGAGGAGGGGCGUGACUUAGCGGUGGCCCAUCCGCACACUGCUCCUGCCAUCCUGGUGGCACCGCCACUGCAGGAGCAAGAGGCGGAAUGCAAUGGCAAUGGCAAUGGCAAUGGCAAUGGCAACGGCAGUCACAGUGGCAUGGCAGCUGGUGUUGGGGCAACCAAUAUCGCGGCAGCCCACAGCAGGGCAGCCGUGCAAAGCUUUCUGCCUUUGGCCUUAGGCCAGCAGCUGCAGCAGCUGGCGCAGGCGGAGGGGACGCAGCAGGCAGGGGGAGCGCGAGCAGUGGAAGCACGAGCAGGGGCGGUGAAGACGAGAGGAGGCUUGGCGAGGCAGCAAGACCAACAGCACCAGCAGCAGGGGCAGAGAGGAGGGUUAAAUAGAGUGCAGGGGGGUAUGCAUGUGCAUGUGGGUGCGGCAGGGGGAACAAGGCGGCUGCAAGUCGACAUUGAUGCUGCUGGUACGUGUGUUGCCAUGCCAAGGGAGCAGGGUGCGGGUUCCAUUGUAACGAAUCUUUUCACGGCUGAUGCAGCUGGUGCGAGAGCAGUAUGGAUGCAUGCUGCUGUGUGCUGCUCGUUCAAUCUAUUCCCCAUCCUUCUCUCCCCUGCAGUAUUCGCGCGGCUCAUGCAAGUGGUACGAGAGCGGUAUGGAGGCAGCAUGCAGCGGUGGAUGCUUGCCGCAGUUGCCACCACAGAGGGGCAUACCGGCACGGAGUGGGGGAGCGGUGGUGUGGGGCAGGAAGCAGGACAGAGCAGAGUGGACAGAACAGGGAAGAGCAGAGGGGACAGAGCAGGGCAGCGAGGGAGGGCAGGGAGCUGUGGGGGAGAGGGGGAAGAGGGUAUGAGGGGGGACGGACGCGGGGCACGUUGCAGGGGGGAUGGGGGAGGGCCGAGGGGAGGGGAGGGGUUUGAGACAGGUGGUGCUGGUGGGGAUGUGGAGCAGCAUAUAGCGAAGAGGAGGCGGGUGGAGCGUGGGGGAUUGGACGAACGGGAGGUGGCUGGGAAGGUGUUUGGAGAGAGCGCGCAUGGGUUAGGUCGGCAGGGGAGAGAGGGGGCGGAUGGGGAGCGCGUGGGAAGGGAGGAGGAGGGGGAUGCAUGUGGGGGUAGUGGCGAGGGCGACUGUGUGGAGUGGUUGGGAGAAUGGGGGGGCGCGAGAGGAGAGCAGGAGGGGGCCGUGGGAGGGGGGCAAGAGGGGGGUGCAUGGGACAGUGGAGAUGAGGUGGGAGGGGAGAGCGGGAGAGGUGGGGGAGGAGACAGGGCAAUGAGGGGAGAUGGGAGCGGGAGGGGGAGAGGGGGCGCGGAGAAGGAAGGGGGGAAGGGGGAGGGGGAGAGGGCAGGCGUGAAGGUGAGGAAGUCCCACUCUUCAUACGAGCUGGCAGCAAUAGACCGUGCAGCAAUAGACACAGCAAUAGACCGUGCAGCAGCAAUAGACCGUGCAGCAAUAGACCGUGCAGCAAUAGACCGAGCAGCAGCAAUAGAUCGUGCAGCAAUAGACCGUGCAGCAGCAAUAGACCGUGCAGCAGCAAUAGACCGUGCACCAAUAGACCGUGCAGCAGCAAUAGACCGUGCAGCAAUAGACCGUGCAGCAGCAAUAGACCGUGCAGCAAUAGACCGUGCAGCAAUAGACCGAGCAGCAGCAAUAGAUCGUGCAGCAAUAGACCGUGCAGCAGCAAUAGACCGUGCAGCAGCAAUAGACCGUGCACCAAUAGACCGUGCAGCAGCAAUAGACCAUCGUGCAGCAAUAGACCGUGCAGCAGCAAUAGACCGUGCAGCAGCAAUAGACCGUGCACCAAUAGACCGUGCAGCAGCAAUAGACCGUGCAGCAAUAGACCAUGCAGCAGCAAUAGACCGUGCAGCAAUAGACCGUGCAGCAAUAGACCGUGCAGCAAUAGACCGUGCAGCAAUAGACCGUGCAGCAAUAGACCGUGCAGCAAUAGACCGUGCAGCAAUAGACCGUGCUGCAAUAGACCGUGCAGCAAUAGACCGUGCAGCAAUAAACCGAGCAGCAAUAGACCGUGCAGCAAUAGACCGAGCAGCAAUAGACCGUGCAGCAAUAGACCGUGCAGCAAAAGGCCGUGCAGCAAUAGACCGUGCAGCAAUAGACCGUGCAGCAAUAGACCGAGCAGCAAUAGACCGUGCAGCAAUAGACCGAGCAGCAAUAGACCGUGCAGCAAUAGACCGUGCAGCAAAAGGCCGUGCAGCAAUAGACCGUGCAGCAAUAGACCGUGCCAUGGAGCUUGAGCUUGCCCUCCGCCCUGAGAAUGCACCCAGAACACAUCCCCAGAACACAUCCCCUGAACACAUCCCCAGAACCCCUAACACUGAACCCUCAGCCAACGUGCCGGAGCAGCUGAGGGGAUCAGAUGCGUACGAGCUGGCAAUGACGUACCGCAUGGCUGUGGAGGCAAGGGGGCCGGAGCAGCUGAGGGGGUCAGAUGCAUACGAGCUGGCAAUGACGUACCGCAUGGCUCUAGAGGCUGCUGGCAUGGCUGCUGGGCAAGGGGUUGGUGGUGCGCCUCAUGCUGCUGCUAGCACUGGUGGUGCUAGCGCUGUUACUCGGUCUGCUGUAGCUCGUAGCACAAGUGAGGGAACACAAGGGGCACAAGGGGCAGUGCAGGGAGCACGAGGAGCAGAGGGGAGCCACGGGGCACAACAGGGAGCACAUGCUGCAGGGGGAGGAGAGGCGGGUGGCGGGUUGCUGGGGACGCCUUGGGAGGAGCUGACAGUAGCGCAGAUGGAGCAGAUGCUGCAGGAGACGAAGAGGCUGAUAGCAGCGAGUGAAAGGGCGCACGUUUGCCCGCACACGGGGUGUCCGCGCAAGUUCGCCACGCCAGGGACACUCAAGGACCACCUGAACGAGCACUCGGGGCAGCGCCCCUACCAGUGCUCCGUGGACGGGUGUGGCGAGCGCAUGGCCACCCGGCAGCUGCUGGGCCGGCACGUCAAGAAGCACGAGUGCUUGCACGCGUGUGCGGUGCCUGGGUGUGGGAAACGGUUUGCGUUCCGAGAGCGGCUGGUGAGUGGCUGGAACCAAGUUGUGUUGACAGGCAUGGCGUCCUUGCCUUUGCUCGCCUCCCUGCUCGCCUCCCUGCUCUUCCUCACUUGUCAGCGCAGAGCCAAACCAACAACCCGCACUUCCUUUCCUCCCUCCCUCUCCCCCUCCUCUCUCCCUCCUUCCCCUUACCAGGUGGUGCAUCAGCGCACGCACAGCAACGAGCGGCCCCUGCAGUGUCCGUGGGAGGGGUGUGAGAAGACGUUCAAGUGGACCAACUCGCUGCACGGCCACCUGCGCACGCACACGGGCGAGAAACCCUUCCACUGCUCUCCCACUCGCUUGCCGCAUCACACUUCCCCCUUCGUUUCCCCCUUUCCCCCUCUCCCUCCAACCCCGUUUCCCCCUUUCCCCCUCUCCCUCCAACCCCGUUUCCCCCUUUCCCCCUCUCCCUCCAACCCCGUUUCCCCCUUUCCCCCUCUCCCUCCAACCCCGUUUCCCCCUUUCCCCCUCUCCCUCCAACCCCGUUUCCCACCCUCCCCCCCCCAUCCCCCCGUCCCCCACGCUCCCCCCCCCUCCCCCGCUCUCUCCCCCAACCUCUAA